CCCAUAAAAAUUACCGUGACCUUUACUUUCCACGAACCAAAUACUGCUGUUACUUAAAACACACCAGGGCACGCUGUAUUAAUGGACUCUGUAUCCCUGGAUAGCCCAAACCCCUAUCAAUGUGUAUUGAUAAACAAAAAUACAAAAGAAGCUUAGACAAUGUAUGCGCGCCUCACAAUUAUGGAUAUCGCUACCCACUGACAGCCAAAACGUCGUCGAUGGUUUUUCCCUUCCUUCAUCUACUCAGGUCAGGAUACGUAUUGCGUGGAGGUGUGGCUAUAUACAAGGAACCGGGAAGCCCCUAACUGUGUAUGAAAACAAGGAUGAAAAAUAGUAGUGAAUUUCAGAAUGGCAAAGCCGAAAAUAAGAAUGAUUUUCUUAUAUCGCAUGAAAAAGCAAAGAUGCAAGGUGGAUCUGCAAGGAUGUCUCUCCUGAUUUUGUUGUCCAUUUUCCUGUGUGCAGCUUUUAUAAUGUCUCUAGUAUAUCACAAUUUUCCUGAACUUACAGAUGGCAGAGUCUGUAUACAUUCAGAAGGUGAUUUUGUACAUUGGAUCCAGCCAAACACCACCUCCAGGGAAGAAUAUGAAACCAUAAAGAUUCCAAAAAACAUGGAUGAUGCCAAAGCCUUGGGGAGAGUCCUCUCAAAAUAUAAGGACACUUACUAUGUGCAGGUGUUGGUGGGUUACUUUGCCACAUACAUUUUCUUGCAGACAUUUGCAAUACCAGGAUCCAUAUUCCUAAGCAUUUUGUCUGGGUUUCUGUACCCAUUUCCACUUGCACUCUUCCUUGUGUGCCUGUGCUCUGGCCUGGGUGCUUCCUUCUGCUACUUGCUUUCAUAUGUGGUGGGGCGACCAGUUGUAUACAAAUAUUUAACAGAUAAAGCAGUGAAGUGGUCACAGCAGGUUGAAAAACAUCGUGAACAUCUUAUUAAUUAUAUCAUCUUUCUGCGAAUAACGCCUUUCCUUCCAAACUGGUUCAUCAACAUCACUUCUCCUGUGAUAAAUGUUCCACUUAAAACAUUUUUUAUUGGCACAUUUUUAGGUGUCGCACCCCCAUCAUUUGUAGCAAUUAAGGCCGGGACAACGCUUUAUCAGCUUACAACAGCAGGGGAAGCAGUUUCCUGGAACUCUGUGAUUGUCCUGAUGGUCCUUGCUGUUGUGUCUAUUUUACCAGCCAUUUUUCAGAAGAAACUAAAACAAAAAUUUGAAUGAACAUUUUUUUCUUUUCUAACACACUCCCCAGAACAGACCAAGAGCAAUCAGUACACAGUCAUUUCCAUUCUUUUCACUUUUUAACUUUGUGAAGAGAUUUGUAUGUGUAACCAGCAAUAUCAACUGUACACGUGUGUUUGCACAUAAUACUCAGAAGUACCUGUACUAGAUUUGAGAUGGGACAUUUCCUAUUGUGAAACAUUUUCUUGCAAAAUUAUUCCUUCUUGAGUUGUAGUUAUGUGCUGCUGUUCAAGUGGCAAACGACAGGAAUUCGAACCUUAGAAUCUGCUUUUAAAACAACAUUAUGGUUGUCAUUUGCAACAUAACCACAGCCAGGUUCUGUAUUUGGGAGUAAUGAUUUUGCUUUAAAAGUAUUAUUGAAACAGUUGACCAAUGUUAUUAUGUUUAAAACAAUGGCUAUUUUAACUUAUUUUAAAAGGACAUACUAUCGUACUAUGUAACCCUGUUCAGAAAAAAAAACUUGCACUGAGGCUGCCAGCAGUGAGUAUUGUUUUCCAUUAAAGUUAUAUGACUCUGCUGCCCCUGCAUAAUAAAUGACAUUAUGAAAACUG